UUAUUUGAAAGAGAAAAUGUCUUACUCAAUAUAUGUUCGUCUUAAAUAUCUUAACGACGUGGAAACACAGCUCGGCCCGACUGGAACCGAACAUGUUCGACGUAUAAUAAGAAUGCCGAGCGAAACCGAAGAGGCAGUAAUUGAGUGCGACAUUUUUUUUGUACGGUUUUUGAUCAAUAUAACGGUAGUAAUAAUUUUGGUACAAGUUAUCCACCACUGAUAGACCACCAACCACCAUAUAUGCUACCAUUCGAGAGAUGCAUCAAAUUCCAGAAAAUAAUUUCAGUUAAGAGUUUUCAAAGCAACCCUGCAUUUUGAAAACCUUACUACCCGUCAUUUGCCAUAAACUAUCGAUUUUGAAAUUUAUUUCAUUUUCUAUUAAAUUUUUAUUUUUUGAAGUUGUGAUUUACAUAUUUGUGAUAUCUGGUAUUCUGCAAGCCCCAACUAAUAUUCAGCAUGUUCGAAGAUACACUGCUUAUCAUAAAGGCGGAUUACAUGCACAAGCGCAAGCCGGUCUUGUUGCAUUUGUUGCAGCACGAAUUCAUGAUCAAAGGUCAACGGAAGCUACUCUUUUCACCAGAGAAUGCCGCAGAAUUCUACAAGCCAAUGGCGGACGAUAAAGACUUCAUGCUGCAAGUUAUCUUGCUUUCGAAGGGCAACAGUGAGGCCUUCAUACUGACCAAAAAGUGUGCCGUAGACGAUUUGAUCUGCACCAUGAUUUGCUAUUUCACCACAUCUGUGGAAAUGGAACGCAAUGUACACGUCUCGAAAAGUGCCGAGUGUGCGAUACGCGAAAUAAGUUUCAUUUUUCCAAAUUAUAUUCCCGAGCCUAUACCGUUUUUCAAGAGUCAUAAAUUCACCUCAGAUGCACUUAUGGCACCAUUCAUUAGUCAACUAUAUGAGAUCGUGCAGAAACCGCAUGAAGAGUCGAAGAGUUGGAAAGUGCAGUUGGCCGAAUGGUUGACUUUACAAAAUUCAGAGCUGCCAAUUAUAAGCAAUUCAUGUUCAACGAAACAGGCACUUUUCCUCGAAGAUAAAACUCAACAAGUCAAUUUUUUGGCAUCGAGGUCACCGAAACCAUGUGUCUUUCAUACGGAUGGCGCUGGUGGUGAACCGGCUUCAACAGAUGUUUCGGUGCCCUCUUCGUGCUCGUCCUCUAGUAAUUCGGCAGUAAUGAGCAGUUCAUCGUGUAUGACUUGUCGUCCAUUCGAGCGCACCGAUGCGACCGACGUUAUUACGGAUGAUGAAUGUAAGAAAGCGCAGAAGCUUUUCGCACCGAAAGUAGCUAUACUGCAAAAUAGAGUGGAUGAAGAAGAUGAGGAAUGUGAAGAUGAAAUGUGCAUGCAACUGUGUGACGACCGCAUAAAGCAGUGGAAGGCUGAGAUAAUCGCCGAUCAGGAGGAAUUGAAAAAGGUUCUACCCUACGGCGGUAGGGAUAUGGAGGUUAUUAACGAAAUUGAAAUUGAAGAGGAACAAUCUCGCUUAGGUGAAUGAGCUAUUGAGGGAAAUAUAUCUAGCAUGUUUUUACUAUUAAAUACAUACAUAUGUAUGCAUUUUUGAAUUUAUUGGAAAUUUAAUUUUUGAAAUAUUAUAACAUACUAAAAAAUUUGUUC